CAUCCUUUUCUGUGACAUCGUCGACCCUACGAUAACCGGGUUGUGACUGCUGUCAAACCAUACCCCAUCAAACCGCUCCGGUUGUUUUUAAUGGCGAACGCUAGCUAGUUAGCUAAAUGACCCUUCUCUGUCUUGGCUGGAACUCGGCGGCCAGCUAGCCAGCAGCCUCAGACGGAAAGGAAUAUCGCUAGCACAAAAUAACGGAGGUCGUUGCUGCAAAACGCUCUCUCGACUGAAACGUGCCUCAAACGGCCACCGUUGCAGAACAUAGCAUGAGUCAAUCCCGUUAUGGGGGACAUGAAGACCCCAGAUUUUGAUGACCUGUUGGCAGCAUUUGAUAUUCCUGAUAUAGAUGCCAAAGAGGCUAUCCAGUCUGCCCCUGACGAGGCAGAGGGACCCCAUGGAGCUACAGGUGCACCUCUUGGAAAGCCGGAUAGCGUGGUGGGUGUUGGAUCAUCUUUAAGACCGCCAAGUCCUGCAGACCCCCAGGUGGAUACCUCAAUUGUGAGCGUGAUUGUGAAGAAUAAAGUCCGUCAUGAGACAGUAGAUGGGGAAGAAGAGACGGAUCAGGACCCUAUUGAUGUGAUCACAGGGGUAGAUGUUGGUCCUAGACUUGGUGCAUGUGCUCCUGGGAUGUCAGAAUCUGAAGCUCUCAACCACAAUGGUUUUGGGGCAUCUGGUGUCUCAGCACCACUUCCCCUUAGCCAGGCUCAGUCUAACGGAGCACCAUGGUCCAUUAACACCUCCAAAGUGUCUUCAGAGGUGCCAGGUGCUAGUACAGCUAAAUCUCACAAGCAGGGUGGAAAUAUUUUCAACAGACUUAAACCACUUGUGGCACAGGGAUCUGGAGAUCCAGUGGGUCGGGCCAGGAAGAUGCAGCUUCUGCAGCAGCAACACCAACAGCAGCAGGACACAAGUCAAGAGAGAGCAGAUGGGGUCAAAGCAUCAUUACCGUCAUCAUCUCUAUCAGUUGGGUCAUCGUCUCUGCCUGCCGGUGGGCCUGUUGGACUGUCUUCACCUUUCUUUCCGCCUUCCAAGCCUCUGCUCCCAGCUUCACCCUCUGCGCCCUCAUCACAUCCAAUGCACUCAUCUCAGCCUUUUAAUGGAGCCCCAAAAAGUGGCUCUGCUGGGUUUCAACACCAGCAGGUGGAGGAAGAUUCUGACCCAGAUGUGGGGAGUCCACUGGUGAUCCAGGAGAACCCAGACUCUCCAGCGUGCACUCAGCUGAGCCGACGUUACAAGUCGGAUUCUGUCUCAGCGCAGCCCGCUCCUUCUGCUGCAUCUCAACCUAAACCAGGGGACACUCCUUCAGGAUCAUCUCAGACUUCAUCAGCCCCCCAGUCUGGCUCAACAGAGAGUCCUCAGGUGGAGGACAGACAUCCAGAACAUGUCAUAGAAGAGAGAGACUCACCAGAGAGUCCAGAACCAGAGAUGCCAAAAUCCACAGCUCAGGUUACAGCGAAGAGAUGCUCCAGCCCUGCUGUGGCAUCCACUCCACCUCCCCCUGAACUGAGGGAGCCUAAGGAGGAGGAGGAAGAAAUGGAGGUUGGGAAUGGGAUAGAUAGGGUUGUUGAUGGUAAAGCUGACAAGGGAGACCAUUUGAGAACAGGUGAGGAAACCAUGGAAGUAGGUGAUGGUAAGCCUAAACCCCAACCCACUGAUGGAGAAGUGGGCGUUACUGCUCCUGCUGCCUCUGGAGCUCCCUCCCGACCCCUUAAAGUCAGGAUAAAAACGAUUAAAACCUCCACAGGUGGAAUUACCAGAACUGUGACAAGGGUAGCUCCUAAAGGGAUUGCUGCAGGGAAAAGCUUGGACCCUAAAGCUCAGACUGGUGAACGCAAGGCAUUAGGAAACAAAGCCCAAAAAGCAGAGGCUUCUCCUGGUCACAUGACAACAACUAAUCAAAAAGUAAGUGCUCUCAAUGCUCUGCCAGUGUCUACACUCGCAGCCAGCAGUGUCAUGCUCGCGGCUGCUACCAAAGUCCAAAAUAAAAUGGCUUCAUCUGACAAAACAAAGGUUUCUGCCACUGCUGUUAGCAUCACUAAAUCAGCUGCCCUUCCUGCAACACCACCAGUAGCCUCCUCCCCCAAGUUCUCAGUUGCUGCUAGCGGGAUAAGUGUACGCACAGCUACUAACAAAACAGCCAACGGUGGCAACGGCACCAUUGUAGGCAGCACUCUUCAGCCAAAUAAACCUGCCUCCAUCGUCAACAGCACAGGAGCUGUCAUCUCCCGGAGUCAGUCAAGUCUUGUGGAGGCCUUUAACAAAAUUCUGAAUAGCAAAAACCUUUUGCCAAGCUACAAGCCCGACCUCUCAGCUCCUCCACCACCUGAGUGGGGUCUCCCACUCCCAGCCACAGGAUACCGUUGCCUGGAGUGUGGAGACGCGUUUGCCCUGGAGCGCAGUCUGGCACGACACUAUGAUAGGCGGUCUCUACGUAUAGAGGUGACCUGUAACCAUUGUGCUAAGAGGCUGGCCUUCUUCAAUAAGUGCAGCCUGCUGUUGCACGCGAGGGAGCAUAAGGAGCGUGGGCUUGUCAUGCAGUGCUCACACCUGGUCAUGAGGCCUGUCACUGUGGAGCAGAUGAUCGGGCAGCAAGAUAUAACACCAAUUGGUGGCCUGCUCUCCUCUUCAUCCACUUCUCCUCCAGUCUCCUCUUCUUCUGCCACAUCAGGGGGCCCUGCUGUCGCUGCCAACACCAGCCCAAUGAAGGAUGCUACAUCUCUGUCAUCAUCUCAGCCUCGACCAGUCCGUCGCGUACCUCAAGGUCCCCAAGCGCUAAUGCCUCUGCCAUGCAAGAAGGCAGAGGGGCUGCAGUAUAACAACUUCAAAUGUCCAGAGUGCCAAACUCAGUUCACUGGCAAGGCUGAGCUGGUCACUCACUUUCAGCAGAUCAGAGGGGCUCCCAACUCAACAUGUACGCAGUGCUCGCCUCCCAUGAUGCUUCCUAACUCAUGUGCUGUAUCUGCCCACCAAAGGAUCCAUAAACACAGAGCGCCUCAUGUCUGUCCGGAGUGUGGUGGAACCGCACGGCAGGCCAGCUUCCAAACCCACCUGGAGGAGGCCUGUCUGCACUUUGCUAGGCGCAUCGGCUACAGGUGUUCGAGCUGCCAGGUUGUGUUUGGAGGGUUGAACUCCAUCAAGUCCCACAUUCAGACUGCUCACUGCGAGGUCUUCCACAAGUGCCCCAGCUGCCCGAUGGCCUUCAAGUCUUCCCCCAGCGCUCAGAGCCACAUCAGCACCCAACACCCGACGCUCACCGGAGGACAGGCCAAGAUGAUCUACAAGUGUGUGAUGUGUGAUACGGUUUUUACCCAAAAACCCUUGCUGUACAUGCACUUCGACACUCAUUUAGCCAAGCAAAAAGUGCACGUGUUUAAAUGUCCCGACUGCACCAAGCUCUACGCCCAGAAAGGUUCCAUGAUGGAGCAUAUUAAGAGCGCUCACAGAGGUGCCCCAGCCAAACAUGAGUCUCAGUCCGACAGCUCUAAUCCCACCUCCACCUCGGCCAACGCGUCCGGUCCCUCUGGCCUCAAGUCAAAAUCCUCUGGAAAACCAGACACUUCUGAUGGUGAGGACUGGGGGCGGGAGCAGGAGGAGGAGGAAGAAGAGGAGGAAGAGGAAGAUGAUGAUGAAGGGGACGAGGACUAUGCGGCUCCAGGGAGUCACUCAGCCGCCGCAGGGAGCAGCAGUCAUUCAAGCGGCCUGACUGAGUGGACCUGCCCUCAGUGUCAGACCACCUUCACUGACAACGAAGACUACCUGAGUCACGUGAAGAUGGAGCACGGCAAGUUCCCCUGUCGUAUUUGUGGAGGCACGUUCAGCACAUCUUCCAGUUUGCGACGCCAUGAGCGUGUCAUUCACGAGGGCAACAAGAGAGUCUUCCAUUGCCAAUAUUGCACAGAAGGAAAACGCACCUUUGGCAGUCGGUUUUUACUGGACAAACAUAUCCGGCUCCAUCACAGAACCACAGAUGGACAGGGUCCACCGCUCACUAGAAAGCGCGCAGCCACAGGGGGAGAAGGAGCAGGUAGCUCGUCUGAGCAGGACGGUGAAGUUUGCCCUCCUGCAGGUCGGGCUGGAGAUGAAGAAGAGAACUCUACAGAAGACGGUGGUGGACCUGCAAAGAGAACCAGGGCAUCCAUGGCUUCCACUUUGUCUGCACCUAGCGAGUUAGAGGAGGAGGAUAACAUCUUCCGCUGCGUCCCCUGCGGCUUCUCCACAGAGGAUGGAGCAGAGUUUCAACGCCACAUCCCCCAGCAUCGGGGCGACACCGCUUCCUUCCAGUGCCUGCAAUGUGGCGUCUGCUUUGCAUCAGCAGGCUCCCUUAGCAGGCACCGCUUCAUCACCCAUCGAGUGCGGGACACCCAGAGCGAUGCAGAACGGAGCAACAUCCGCGCUCACGGCUCUCCAGACGGCUCCCCUGCCGCCUCCCCUCAGGCACAGGGCGAGGACGGAGAGGGGAAUCUGAGCUGCAAGGUGUGCGGUCGGCAUUUUGACAAGGCCACUGACCUUAACACCCACUUCAGGACCCAUGGUAUGGCCUUCCUCACUGCACACAAGACAGACAAGCCCCAGUAGGACAGGGGUUGGUCACCGGAGACUGACAGGGCUGUAUAAUAUGAAUGUUCAUGAAACACAGCUGCUCCUGUGCAGAUUUUUUAGCAACCAUUUUACUCUUUGGCACCUGUUCUGUGCGAUUGUAACUGCAUGUUUGAUUACUGAACUCACCUGUGGUAGACUCGUGAGGAACACUUCCCUGAGUAAAGCAUUUAUAUAUCAGCCAAACUGUCUAAUGCAUCCUGUCCUUCCAUUUCCACCGUCACUCUGCACUGACUGUAGCCACAUGCCCGUUUCUAAAUGUAAAAAACAAAAAAAAACUCCCACUGCGCUCCUGACAGCCUCAGUGCUGAUCCGCUCUACAUGUUAUAGUCAUGCUGCUUGCCUCCAAGUCCACACUUGUUUUCCUGAUGUUCGAUUAGUUUUAACACCUCCUGAGGCAGAUCAGGUUCUGACAUCUGAAGCAUGAAAAGGAGUGUUUGGAGAACUUAACACUGAUUUUUAUGUUAUAUUUAUUUAUAAGAAGAAACAUAUUACUGCUGUUGGUAUUUGUGCAGGUCUGUUGCAUCAAAUUAGCACAACAGAGAUGAGAAACUCUAAAAAGGCAUUUAAUUAGAAGACAAGGCUACAGGAGGUCUGUAGCCUGUGUAGUAGGAAUUAUGUGUGAUGUUGUUAAUCGUUAAGCUAGAAGAAGAAAGGUCAGGCUUCCUGUCAGUAGGAUAUGUGUUUGAGUUUUGCCAUGUAAAUACAAUUACACUAAAAUGCGCUUUGGUUUUAGUAACUUGCUAUGAUGUGAAUACGUAUAGUAUUUGUACUCGUACUGUCCCCCCCCUUUUUUUUUAAACUUAAAAAAGCCCCCCCCCCUCCCUUUAGCAAAACCUUGUAAUUACAAAGCAGAUGGUGAACGUGGGGGUUGUGUUGUCUUAAUGUGUAUGAAAACAAAUGUUUAUCUCUUUGAGAUGGUUCUUUUGUAUCUACAGUGUUUGCCGUACUCACAUUUCUUUUUGUAUGUUCAAGCCUUCAUGAACAUGUGACGGAGGCCUACGAGUGGACUCUCUUUUUGUUUGUAUCUUUUAUAUGUCAUCAUAUUUAUAUAGCUCAAUAGUGGAAAAUUUCAUGUCUUUUUCUUUUCCAUGGUUGUGGUCUGCUUGCUGAAAAUGCCAUACACUUUUGUGCCGUUUGGAAAUAAAUGUGUAAAAGAUA